AAAAGCCAAGAAAUUAAAUGAGUGAACUCAUCAAUUUCACAAAAACAACUGUCCAAUUUAUUACAAUAGUAGCUGAUUUAAUUCACUAGCCCUUUCUUAUUACCAAAUAUUGUCCAUUACGCUCUUAAACUCCAUCCUAUAUAAAUAGGCACCAAACCCUUCACCAUUUUCAACCAAGAAACAUAAACACAUCUCCAAAAUCUUCAAAAAAAUAUUAAUUUUUUUAUAGAUUUUUUUUUGUGGUAAAUCAAGAAAAUGAUUAAUUUAGUGGAGAAUUCGAGAUUUUAUUUGAUUUUUGUGUUUGUUUUGGCUUUGGAGUUCAAUUAUUUGUGCAACCAUGUAGAAGGCAAGGCAUUUUUCGUGUUUGGAGAUUCGUUGGUGGACAACGGCAACAACAAUUACUUAGCCACCACCGCCAGAGCGGAUGCUCCCCCUUACGGCAUCGAUUUUCCGACGCACCGCCCCACCGGCCGUUUCUCGAACGGCCUCAACAUUCCCGAUAUUAUUAGUGAAAAAAUGGGUUGGGAACCGACAAUUCCGUACCUAAGCCGAGAGCUUUCGGGGCAGAAACUACUAGUUGGUGCCAACUUUGCAUCAGCUGGAGUUGGUGUUCUUAAUGACACAGGAAUCCAGUUUGUGAACAUAAUAAGGAUAUACGAACAGCUGAAUUUCUUCAGGCAGUACCAGCAGAGAUUGAUGAGAGAGAUUGGAGCAACUGAGGCUAAAAAACUUGUUAAUGAGUCAUUAGUGCUAAUGACUUUGGGAGGGAAUGAUUUUGUCAAUAAUUAUUUCUUGGUCCCUUACUCUAUUAGGUCUCAACAAUAUUCCAUCCAAGACUAUGUGCCCUUUGUCAUUUCUGAAUACAAGAAAGUCUUGCAGAGACUUUAUGAACUCGGGCCUCGGCGAGUAAUCGUGACUGGAACGGGGCCGUUAGGGUGUGUGCCUGCAGAAUUAGCAUUGCAUAGUAACAAUGGGGAAUGUGCAGAACAAUUGCAGCUUGCUGCAUCACUCUUUAAUCCUCAAUUGGUUCAAAUGAUCGAUGAACUCAACCAAGAUAUCGGCACUGAUGUUUUCGUUGCAGCUAAUACGAACCAGAUGCAUAUGGAUUUCAUAUCCAAUCCCGAACAAUUCGGAUUUCAAACCUCGAAGAUAGCAUGUUGUGGACAAGGCCCGUAUAACGGGCUGGGCCUUUGCACCCCGUUUUCGAAUCUCUGUCCGAACAGAGAUUUGUACGUAUUUUGGGAUGCAUUUCAUCCAUCCGAGAGGGCAAAUAGAAUGAUUGUCGAUCAAAUAUUUGGUGGAUCCACUACUUAUAUGCAUCCAAUGAACCUCUCUACCAUCGUGACUUUGGAUUCAAGGGCAUAAAGGGAAAAAAGAAGGGGUCGAUUUUUAGAAGCUAUUUUUCGAAGCAUGAAUAUUGUAAAAUUAUUAUUCAUGCUCCGAAAAAUAGUUUUGACGGACUUUAUUUAUGUUUUUCUUUCUAAGUGUACUUUAAUCACACCCCCGUACUUUUUAAUUGUAUUAUUAUUAUUAUUUUUCAAUAUGUUACCUAGUUGUAAUUGUUGGAAUAAACUUGAAUAAAUCCCAUGGAACCGUCAUGUCGAAUCAUCAAGAAUAUUGGGCAUAAACAUAA